AUGAGCGUUCCCAAGGGCCGGGCCAGUGGCCUGCCCACGACCUCUGCCGGAAGUCGCUUCCAUCUCUGGGCCCUAGGAUUUUUCUGCACAGAGCGCCACCUGGCCAAGCGCCUCAAGAACAACAGCUUUUACCCAUUCACGCAGCAGCAGCCCGGUGUCUUCGUGCUUGAGUACUACCUGGACACGCUCUGGAAGGGAAUGCUCCUCUUCGUAGUCUGCCUGAUCCUGGUCUGCUCGGGCUUUGUGAGACAGGUGGAAAAGCAGGAGACCUGGGGCUUCCCCGCCUACGGCAUGGUCGUGGGCCUGUGGCUCAUGAUCUCAUCGUUGCCGCGGCGCCGCUUGGUGCUGAACCACACGCGUGGCAUAUACCACUUCUCCAUCCAGGGCCGCACCGUGUGUCAGGGGUCCAUGCACCUGGUCUACGUGCGCCUGGCGCUCAGCUCCGAUGCCUACGGAAGGUGCUUCUUCCAGUUGGUCCUCUGCGGCCAUAAGCUGGAACCAUUGGUGCUGGUGCAGUUGUCGGAGCGCUACGAGCAAAUGGAGUACCUGGGCCGUCACAUCGCUCGGAAACUCAACAUCAACUACUUUGACUACCUCGCUAGCUCCUACCGACACGUGGUCCGGCACUGGCCUCUGGGGGCCUCCUUUAGCCCAGGCAUCGUGCUGCGCAAGAAACGCAUCUACAGCAAGCCAAGCAGCUCUCAGUCCGACCUAGAUGUGUAA